GGGAGAGGGAGGGGGAGAGCAGGAGAGAGAGGGAGGAGAGGGAGGAGAGGGAGGGCAGGAAAGAAAACUUUUCACUUCUGAGGAGCCACAGAGGAAGCGUGUGCGUGUGUGCGUGCUGAAGCGGAGACCAUGCAGGAGGAGUCUGGAGAGACAGUGAGCAGUGAAAGUAAUGGGGUGGCAGAGUGGCUGUGCCCCCUCUGCCAGAAAGGCCAAACAGACAGAUCCUCCCUGUCUCUGCAUCUCACUGAGCAGCACAGUGUACUUCCAUCCUGUGUCGACAGACUGCUGGACAUCGCUGUUCUGAAACAGGGUGCCAGCAGAGGACAGGAGGACAGAGGUGCUCAGACGUUUUCAGAUGCUGAAUCGUCACAGCUGAAGCACGCUGAAGACUUCAGUUCAGACCCCUGCCAAUCGAGCGAGAGUUCAGACGCUACCCAGACGCUCGGAGACAAAGAGAUGGAGGAAGAGAGAAUAAUGGAACAGGAGGGAGGUGAAGCUGAGCCCGAGCCAGAAGAGGAGGGAGAUCAACUCACAGGAGCCAAACAGCAAAAUGCAACUGAAAACACAGAAAUCCCAGACGCCAGUGAAAAGUCAGUCGGUAAAAAUGGUGUGCCAGCUGAAAAUAACACCCGCUCAUUCAAAUGCAAUGCCUGCCUGGAAACUUUUCCCAGCAGAACUGCCCUGAGCGUUCAUUACAACUCUGCGUCCCACAUUCAGAGGAUGACUACAGGGUCUGCAAAACAAGGCGGAGAGAGUGAUCCUCAGUCUCCCUUGGUUCCUGUCCUGUCCCGGCCAUACAUAUCAAACAAACCCUACCAGUGUGCUAUAUGUCGAGUCUCUUACAAUCAUGCCAUCACCCUCGAGAGCCAUAUGAAAUCUGUGUUGCAUCAGACCCGCAGCAGAAAUGCUGGAAUUGUUGCACAUGCUGCAAACAGUGCGGCAGCCACUGCCGGUUUGGGAGGUGGCACCUCCUCUGCUCUGAACGCUGUAGUGAGCACAUCUGGAAGUGGAUCCGGUCAGUUAGUGACCACCACCAACUGUGCUGCUCCUGGGACUGUGAUGGUGACGACCGCUAACGACGGAGAGCAGAUUCAAACUACGCAAGUGGCUCCCUCCCUCCUCACCUCCCCUGUGGCCUCAGCUCAGGCGGUCUCAGCCUUCCUUACCCUCCUCACUUCGAGUCCUAACACCCUCUCGCACUCCCUUCUCCCCUCCCUGUUCGCGGCCGGCGCUGCUCCCGGUGCCGCCGCACAUCAGCUUGUGCCUCAACCUCAAAUGGUCAUGCCCUUGAUCUUGAAUGGGCUGCAAGCCCAAACCCAGCAGCACCAAGAGAACCAGCAAGGCCAGCUCCUUACCCAGUGUGUGCCAUUCGUAGGUCUCAGCACAGCCCAGCAAGCCCUCCUAACCCAAAGACUUAACAACUUACAGAGCCAGUGGCCCUCUGCAGGAGUCCCGACAAACAUACAGCCCUGCCCCGAAGAGCAAAAACAGACUAUAAAGUGUGAGGGGGAACAAGACAGGCAGAAUAGAGAAGGGACAGAUGAGGAGAGGGUUUCAGCUCAGAUCCAGGACCGAGAAAACCAGGCAACAGAGAGCGUUAGAAGAGAGAAACUUAAGGAAGAGGACACUAAAGAAUUUGCACAAUGUCCUAAUAUAGAAAGCAAAGUGCAGGCUGAGAAUAAUGAAGACAAUGGGAAGGCACAGAGAGAUAGCACAACAGAUGGAGACCACGCGACUAAUCAGUUGGACCUGGAAGGUGAUAAAGCAGCUAGCCUGAAUCCCUCCCCAGCAGGCACAGAGAAGAGCCUCCGCAAUAACAACCUCUCGCCUUCUGCAUCUGUGCCCAGCAACUCAACCCUCAGUCCUGUACAUUUAAACUUAACGCUGAGCCCUGACUCUACUCCUCAAAAAUCACAAUUGGGCACUAGCCCUUGUGGCUCUCUUGGCACCCCAAAAUCCAGCCCGAGUACAAAUGCCUUAACUAACAACCAAACUCCAUCCCAUUGUAACACGAUGGGCACCAUUCAUCCAGACCUUCCAGUGCUGUCAGAGUUCCAGUCGGAGGUUCUCUGGGCGUUCUUCGAGUCACGCAGUGAGGCUGAUGCUGCAAGUCCUCCCCAUGAAGACUGCGAGGCGCUCGGCAGAGAGGUCGGGCUCUCUGAGGAAGAGGUGCGGAGGUGGCUGAGCCAAGCUCGACACAACAAACAGAGGCAGAGGGCGACAGAGUCAGACAACCUGCACGGCUUGGCAGGAUUUUCAAGGCAUCCACAAAGUUCUGACAAUGACUACGAUGACGAGGAAAGCUCACUGAUUAUAGCAGAAGGUGAGGAUGAUGCAGAAGCUUCAGGGAGCCAGGCGAUAGAUUUGUCGAGUACGAGAGGGAAACGAAGACAGAGAGAUUUGGGGAGGGAGGGUCAGGGAGAUUCCUGUCUCACUUCUGACUCAGAAAAUGAGGUCUACACCUCUGUCAUUGUGUCUGAUGAGGAAAGUCAGAAUGGGUCUUUGAGGGAGGGUCCUGAGAGCCCUGCUAAAGGUGAAGCACAGCGGGACGUCCAUGGUGAUAAAGGGUCAGUGGGAGGAAAGGUUUUGCGCUCCACCACUGUGUUUCUCUCGGAUGCAGAGGAUGAGUAUGAAGACGAGGAGGGUGGAGGGGGUCAGAGGGCGAAAAAACGAAAGGGGGAGUUUGAGCGUGAUGAGGUGGAGGUAAAGAGGGAGAGACAGGACCCAGAUGUGGAUCUUGAGCUGGAGGCCCAAGGGGAUCCUCCAGCUUCACAGGCCCACUCGGUGAACCAUCCCGAGAUCCCAGGCAGUGCUCUGCACUCACUUCCUUUGUCCCUCACUCACUUUUCUACUCAGUUCCUUAGCCCCUAUGUCCUUUCUCUUACUCCUUCAGUGGUUGGAGAUGGGAGCAAAGUACCAGUCUUUCCUAACCCACCAACCAUCACACGCUUCUCCAGCUCUCUUCUCUCACAGUCUCUCUCCUCCCACAACCAAACGUCUCGCUACCUGUCCAACGGUGGCGACUGUGAGUCUGCUCUGGACCUCAGCAUGGGCAAAAACAGCUCUAAACCUGCUUCUUCCUCGUCGUCUCUGGCCGAUAAAAUUGCAGCACAGAAGGGGCAGUUGCUGGACGGGCUCGGCCUGAGGCCCACAUCCAAAGGUCUGGUGGUCGUCCAGGUUAAGCCCGAAUCGGUCACUGCCAUGCCCUCCUCCAACAGCAGCGUGAGUCUUGUGAACUGCAAUAACAUGACGAAAUCUAGCAUUUAUAUGCGAGCAGCAGAGAAAAUGGGCUCUACAUUAUUGGAAAGGGAACGAGAAAGGGAGAAGGAAAAGGAGAGAGAGCAAGAGCAGCAGCAGAGGAAGUCCAAAGGAAAAAGGUAUCGGGACAUGCGACGUUCAAGGACCAUCAUUCAAGCUGAACAACUUGACAUUCUGUACGGCUGCUAUUUCAAAGACCCUAAUCCUGGGAAACACGAGUUUGAACAGAUUUCAGAGUGGGUCCACCUUCCAAAGAAGGUUGUUCAGAUUUGGUUCCAGAACAUGAGGGCGAGGGAACGAAAGGGUGAGGUCAGGUUUAUCAGCGAUGGCACCCUGGCAGCGGUUGGUAAACCUCUCAUCAAAUUUACCUGGCCUCUUUCCAAACCCAUAUUCUCCAACAAGCCUGCUCCAAACAACACCGCGUGCAUAACAACCACUCCAAUUGUGCGCACGCUCAUGAAGACAGAGAGGGAGCCUGUGAAGGAGCUCGGCAAACCAGCCGCUGUGAAAAAAAUAACCCCAGUUCCUAUCAAGCCCAAGGAGGCUGUUUCCUCUGCUGUGGCCUCUCCUGUGAGCAGCAGUGCGUCUGCAGUGCCAAAGACCAAGCUCGAAACCACCAGCAACGUCACUAUGGUCAAAGUUGCACCCAAAGUCAACACCCCUGUCCUUUUAGCUCCACCCAAGGAUCCAAUCCCCAUCGCUCCAAGACCAGCCCAGAAACGAAAACUAGAAGAGGAGAGCGAGGAAGAGAAGACCGAUGAAGAGAGAGACAAUGAAAACGAGAUGGGUCCUGGGCCGGGGACCACUAACCGCAUGGUGCCCAAGCUGCCCACAACUCCCAUCAACAACAGGCCUCCUGCCGCGACAGUGGUGCCACAAAAACAGAAUGGGCUGAACUACUGGACGCCCAAAGUUCCCAUUAAGAUCAACACUCUGUCCAGAGAACAACUGGCUCUUCCCACACACACGCCUCCUCGAACCAUCCCCCCUCCCCCCACCCCCAGCAUUGCACCAGUGAGUCCGAAUACCCCCAGCUCUGCCAAAGUGGCCAGCCCCUCCACCCCGGUCGUGGCUAAAUCAAGCCCAACAGAAAGCAGCUUUCUGUCCCACUCCUCCAGCCGUAGGCCACGCACGCACUUGUCCUGCCUACAGCUGUCCAUUCUGCAGUCCUGUUACGAGACCUGUGCCCACCCCAACGCCAUGGAGUGCGAAGCCAUCGGCACUGAGCUCAAUUUGCCGCUCAAGGUGGUGCAGAUCUGGUUCCAAAACACGAGAGCCAAGGAGAAGCGCUGGAGGUUGCAGCAGGAGAAGAUGUCUCCUCUGUCAGGUGGAAAGGUGGACAUGAGCUCAGGAAGCUACUUGCAGUACAACGCUCUCAAAGCCAACCGUCCCAUCUUGCCCAAACCCGUUCAGCUGACAGUUACUGAACCUCCAGCUUCCCCAGUGGCCGGCCAGCCGGUGCCAAAGGAGACCCUGACAGGCCGCUGCGAUGCCUGCAACAUCUCCUUUGAAUCCAGGGCUGCAGCGAGGGCCCACGUCUUCUCCCCACGUCAUCUGGCAACCCUGAGAACCACUAACUUUGGCCAGCCGACGACACUUGUCAACAAGAACGGCAGCGGCGGACCUGGUAGUGCUGUGCCAGGCUCGCAGGGCUCUCAUUCCACUCUGGUAACCAAUUCUGGUGCUGGUCCUGGAGUGGAGAUGGUUAUUGAGUCGCCUCCACCGACAGCCACCAGCAACAGUUAAACACUCAGAUCAGCAUUGGUCUGCACACUGACUAUUCUCGGACCUAUUUGGGCUCCUCAGAUUUUAAUAAACAAAUUUGAGCACUAAUCCUCAAAAGCUGAUAUUCUUAGUUUUUGAACUCGGCCCCCUGCACCCGCUGCCCAACCUUCACUGACUGAAAUCCGUUAAUCUACAACGUUCACCUGGAAUCUAACACGACAGCAGACGAUUUCCACGCUGCUUCUCACUUAAUCAGCUGCUGCCUGAUCAGUGACGAACACGUCUCAAGUCUCCCUUGGUCAUCACACACUUUAUCCAAACACUUUUGGUCCUAACCCUGUGAUUAUAUAAUACCUUGCUUCAGUGAUCUUCCUAUAAUUUGUAAAGGCACUCAGCUUGCCGUGCUUGAACUGUCGUACCCUAAAGACUGAUGCAAAAGUGUUUCCUCUUUGGAAGUGGCCAUUUGACAGUGGGCCCAGGAACACUUUGGGAUAAUAACAUGAAAUACUCACAUUAAUAACUCCCAGUUUGCUCCUGUGGAAUUGUUUUUCUUAUGCCUCCUUUCACUUGUAGAGCAAAGAUUGCUUGGAUGAAACAGGACUGGCCUGAACCGCUGGGAGAGGAAGGACUGGUAUCGACUGUCACCUUUUAAUUUGCUAUGGGAGUGUGAUCUGAAGAGUGUUGUGUCUACUCACUUGGGAUAUAAAAAGAGGUACUUCAGAGAGAAUAGGGCUGUUGAAUUGUCCCCAUUUACAUGUUCAUAGUUUUCAUGACAAUCCAAAUAGAGCAAAAAGAGGCUGAGGAGCGUAGAAUCCUGGCAUACAGCACUUUGACUCAUUUUACAUUGUUUGAGAUGUUUUUAAGCAUUCUGAUGCAAGUGUCUUUUUAUGGAAAGAUACGUUAAUGCAUGUUGGAUGGCUUAAUAUUAAAUCAUGUGAAAUAAAUUGAUUUUUGCUAGUCUAAUGAAACAUGCUUUAGGUGUGAGCAUAACAUUGUGGAAGAGACGGAUCUGAGAACAAAUGGAGAAGAGCUCUGUUCCAAAAUACUUUCACAUGCAUUUCUGAGGGAAAGUCUCUGAAUGUCGUUUCCUUCAGCUUGGACGUAACAAAUCCCGCCUGCAGAGUUCUCAUCGUUCUUUGGGCCAGGGCCUGUAAUCACCAACUACCUUUUACUACAAAUUACUUUGAUCCUGUGGAUUUCACUUUCUCCUCAGAUGUGUGUAUCUCAUGUUGGAAGACGGCUCUUCAAACCUGUUGGACGAUAAAUGUUUUCACCUGCUGUAGGUGUGUUAAAAACAUGACAGCCUUAAGAGGAGACACCACCAGGUAUACCAGUUCAAGCCCAGGUGAUCCUCGUAUAAUGUUUGUGAAAUUAUUUCGUCUGCAUCUGGCAUGGAGGCUCAGACUGAGUCCAUGAAUCUUAUGGUUUUGUUUGCCAUGAAAACUGUGCAUAAGACAGGAAAGUUAAGGUCUUGUUUGUUUUGUUCACUUCAGUAUUUAUACAGACGACAAUAGAAGCAAUUACAAACUGGUGUAACAAUUUUAUUUAGGUCACAACCAAACCUCUAAGAAUAUUUAGAGAAGGGGGCUUGAAAUGGGCCAUUUCCUCCACUUUUUCUGUCCCUGUUCAGUUUUUCAGAGUUAUGAUUUCUGGUAAUGUACGUGCUGUGAAAUGAGAUCUGACAUCUGGAAAACGAGGGAGAAAGUUGGGUAUUACCAGUAUCCUUAAGGGACUAAUGGAUACUAAAGUCUAGGAAGCAAAUUGGGAAACAUUAAAUGUGUUGACUGAGAGCUAAUAAGAUGGUGCUGUGUUGAAGGACAUAUAACAUACUAAAGAUGUUUUCCUUCAAUUUAAGUUGUAUAUUAAUGUUACUAUUGAUAGUUUUAACAAAAUGCAAAACUAAAACAUGAACUUUUGUAAAGAAAUAUAUUAAAAAUAACUGAUAUUCCAAAGUAAUCCUCCCUUUGCUUUCUGUCAUUCAAAAACCAAAAAGCAAUCUUGAGGUCGACAGAGAGCAGGAGAGGUGUUCGUAAAUGCAAACUGUAAAGGACAUCCCACAGCUUGACCCUUGCACUAGUCCACAGUUUUUUGCACAAGUUACAGACAUUUCACAUGAACUCAGCCAUUCACACAGUAUGAAGAGUCACUUGGUUUGGUUGUUGAAUCGGGGAAGGUAACAGCGUCCUUUCAUGACGAAUAAUCUGGACUCCUGUUGGAAACUGUAUCUUGUGUGUAAAGCAGGGACUGCAGUGCUUGGACCUUGAGACUGGGAUCUCUCUCUCUCUCUCACACACACACACACACACACACGGUGUUGCACUGUCCUUACUAGAUAGGUUUUUAUGGAGAUCUGCUUUUUAUUCUCUUAUGUUUUGUCACUUUGAUUAUCACUAUUGUUAUAACUGUACUACUACUUAUACGAUUUAUCAUUACUACUCAUCACUGUUUUUGAUUAUUAUUGAUCCAUAAUGGUUUUUAAUGCCACCUCUGUGCUCGAGAAGAGUAUGGUAUUCCUUUGAAUAUUGAACAAUAAUAGUGGCAGUGUUGUUAUGAAUUGUUAGACUUUUGAUUAAGCUUAUUUUUCCUCCUCACUUGUACCUGCCUUUUUGUGUUUGGUCUCCAUUAUGCUUUCUUUGAUAUACAGAAGAAGAAAUAAAAUCAGUUGAACAACAAA